GUGGAUAACCCAUACCCAAUCAAUACACGAAUUUUGCAAAAUGAAUGAAUUUGGGCGAUCGGUCUCCAGAAUCUUAGAUUUAAUUGUCAUCACUAAGCACAUGGUCAUUUGUAUCAAUUUCCAUCUUGAUCAUUUGUCGAACCUUGUCUUAACAGGUUCAACCACUACGGCCAAGCUACACCUAGCAAACAACAAAUAGUUCCCUACUCCCCCACAAUAUAUAAGUCGACGAGCAUUUCUACUAUGCUAUAUAGUAUUGGUACUUUAAUGUACAACUUAAAGUUGUACCAUAACAUGAAAUGUAUAAGUUUAGAUUGUACCAUAAAAGAAUUUGUACCAUUAUGUUAUGGUACAACUUUACAACUUAAAGUUGUACCAUCACAUAAAGGUACAAGUUCAAGUUGUACCAUAAAAGAAUUUGUACAAACAGUAUAGGUACAAUCUGAAAUUGUACCAUAACAUAAAUGUACAAUUUUAAGUUGUACCAUAAAAGCAAAAACCUAUAGCACCAAUACUAUAUAGCAUUGUAAAAUUCCUCGUAAGUCGACGUUGCAUAACAUUAAUUUUCUUGAUAGACCAACUUCUCUUUUACCCACGGCAUAAUAGCCUACUUGACAGUGUCCAAGCCUCUCGUUGGGCAUCUUUAGUAAAAUUCUUCUUUUUCUUGAUUUGGAUUAUCAUGCCUAAGGCAUAAUAAGAACAAUGUGAGACAAAAUGACAUUGUGCCACCAUGGAAUGUGAUUCCACGAAGUUGUCUGAUUCCAGCAUGUUUAUCUGCCAAAAUGUCAAAACCCUAACAUACAUCAACUCUUAAUAGCAUUUCCAACAUAUCAUUUAUACGAUCAAUCAUAAGCAUUUCUAUCGAAAUCAAUAAAUCGGAGUAUCCUCCUAAAUCCAGAUCUGGAACUUUCACUCUCAGCUAACAAACAGAGAAACGGAUCGGUUCUAAGAAGAAGAAGCAACAGUUCAAAGAUGAACAGUUGGAGAAUCCUCCUAAUAAAAUCUCCGAUUUCUCACCUGAACCGGUUUUUGAGGGCAAACAAUUUGGGAUCCCAGCUCUUAUGCGCCAGUUUAACCAGCAGUAUGAGAAAUGGGUGGGUCUCCCAGUAGACCAGGUCCCUAGGGCACAAGUCCAGAUAAUGCGAUAUUCACCUCAAUUGGAUGAUUCCCAUUUGGUCUGCAUGUGGGACGGUGCUACUAAGGGUGGGUCGCAUUCGGCUGGUGGGAUGGUUCUUUUUGACCCCACGAGGACACUCUUAAUGGCUAGAGGGAUCCAGUUUGCUCAAAUAGAUGAUCCUGCAGUGGUGGAAUUGCUGGUGCUUCGUGAGGCUAUCAUUUGGUGUAUGGAGCAAGGUUUGUCGGCUGUCCGUUUUGAGGGCGAUGCGAAGGUGAUAAUUGAUAAAAUUAAUCAGGCCGACGCAAGAGAUAGCCGGUUGGGUGCGGUGCUUGAAGAGGUUGUUCAUUAUAUUCGUACUCAGUCUGGCUUUAGUGUGCGGUUUGUAGGUCGGGAGAACAAUAGGGUAGCUCAUUUGGUAGCUAGGAAAGCUCUUUCUUGGUACCCGACUAUGAGUCGCUUCUUUGAUUUCCAGACCUGGCUGGUUUCCAGGGUGUAACUAUUUUAUGCAAUGAUCAAUAUAUGAUAUCUUUUGAAAAAAAAAAAAUUCUCACCUGAACCGAUCCGUCCAACUGAAAAAAAUAAAAGAAGUCUGUUCAAACUCCACCUAAUAAAAUCACUGAUUUUGUUAGCGAAGCCGCGGGAAGGCAGAUGGGUAGCCCAACAGAUCUGUCCGCUGACUUGGCCCAAUUCAAAUAAGGAAUAGAUGAACAG